AUGGGUGGCGGACCGAAGAUUCCAUACCCCAAGCACGUCUGGUCGCCAGCGGGCGGCUGGUACGGCCAACCCAACAACUGGAAGAAGAACACGGCCAUCGCCGGCCUGACCAUCUUCGGCAUCAUUGCCAUUGUGUGGAAGAUCGACUCGGAGCUGGAGUACCGUCACAAGAUGCCCGAGCCAGGGCGCUUCUUCCCGAGCAGAUAUUGGAGCAGGCAGAUCAUCGAGUACGAAAAGGAGCAAAAGGCCAAGGGAGAGGGUGCGGCAGAGAGCAAGUAG